AUGGACAUUAGCCAAUUGCAACGAUCGAUGAACCCCCACGAUACAGCCUUUUCAUCGCCACCUCACCAGACCUAUUGGAAAGGGAGUACGACAUGGCGAUACUAUAUCGCCGAAGCUGUUCAGUGCUGCAAUGCAUUGGAUAAUGAAGUCAUUUUCUUGGGAAGAAAGAGCAUACGUGUUGAUAGAAUAUUCUUCUCCAAUCUUCAUUUUGCGGACGAUAUCGUUCUCUUUUUGAUAGAUACCGAUGAAGCUGAGACCAAGAAGUUAAACGAAGCAGGGAAGAGAAUAGGAUUCCGAAUAAAAGUUCAUGAAGAACGUCUACCGCGAGGACGGAGGAGUACAACUUGCAGGCUUCCAAAUCGUAGAAACGUCGUCGUACGUAUACCUCGGUCGUUCUAUGAAUAUGGAAAACGAUUGAAGGAAGAACUGAAUAGAAGGAUGAGCAGCGUGGGCUGCAUUCGCACCCGUCAGGAAAAUUGCGAACCAACUCACAGACCAAGAUCCCCGUGCCCAUCUCUUUGA